AGAUAACCCUUCAAUCGUGUUUUCCAAUUUAGCACGUCUCUCGGUCUCUCUCUCUCUCUCUCCCUCGCCGCUUAUUAAGCGGUGCAGUAACCGAAGCCCAGACCUCUCCACACCCCUUUCAGUCAAUCCUCUUCUGCAACCACAGCCCAGACCUCAAACACCGACGAUUUCACACACAUUUUAUGCAUGGGAAUCGAGGGAAAAAGCGGUUGCAGCAAAAUCAAGAGGAGGAAGUUGGCCAUCAACUGGAAGCAGCUCUUACCUUCGUCAUCCGGUGACGACGAUCGUCCAACGGAACUUCUUGUGACAUCGAAGAGGAAAUCAAAAUGCGGCCGCAGUGAAGGUGACGCGCAAGAGAAUCAUAAGGAAGACUUGGAACUCCAGACGAAAUCAUACGAUGAAAUUACCGAGUAUAUUGCGAGAUCUAAAAGAUUCUUGGUAACACUAAGUGAUAAGUUGCCUGAUAGGGGCGAAAAGCUCAAGGCAACUCUCCAGAGAUACGAAGAUGAACUCGAACGAAGAAAUAAACUCGAACUGGAGAAGGUGCUUCCGGAGGCAAAAGGAAAGGUGACCAGAAAUCUUCAUCAUCAGCAAUGUUUGCCAAAUUUCUUAACAGAAUGUUAGCUUCUUGAGGUUCAGGUGCAUGCAAAUAACCAGAUGGGGUAGUUGUUAUAUAUGGACCUUUUUGUAGAUCACAAGAAGUAGAUGAUGAUGAAGUGAAGCUAUGUAGAUGAUCAAUCUACCUUUUGAAACUUUGUUUUUGUAAUUAUGUAUGCUUCACUAUGGUUGUGUGAUACUAGUUGUAACUCCCCAAGCUGGUUGAUAUUUGGAAAAUGUUU